AUGGGACUUAACCGAUGGGAGGACAUUGAGAAGCUCAACUUCUUCCCCAGGCUGGAGGAGGUGCGGCUGCAGGGCAUUCCCUUACUGCAGACCUACACCAACACGGAGCAGCGCAGCCUCAUGGUAGCACAGCUUCCUUCAAUAUCACUGCUUAAUGGCAGUGUUGUGACUGACAGUGAGAGAGAAGACGCAGAGAGGUUCUUCAUCCGUUACCACCUAGACUACCCUGAGGAGGAGCUGCCCUACAGAUACCAUUCCCUAGUAACCAAGUAUGGGAAGCUAGAACCUCUCGCUGAGAUCGACCUUCGACCUCGCUGCCGUGCCGAGGUGGAAGUUCACUGUGAGGAAAAAGUCGAACAGCUGAGCAUCCGUUUGGACCAGACCGUAGCUGAGCUGAAGAAGCAGCUGACAACAGUGGUCCAGCUGUCCACCAGCAGCAUGAGGAUCUACUACAUCGACAAGUGCAGCGCCUUCGGUCCGGAGGAAAUGAAGUACAAAACCCGGGCUCUGCACUCCUACAGCAUUCAGGACGGUGAUGAGAUACUGGUGGUCCCGAAGACCAAGUUAAAAGCUGGUGUCCAACUGCCGAAAUAGGGUGAUGAUUGAUUAAUUUGAGUAUGCGUUAACUGGAAUCACGAAAUAAAUGGAAAACGCAUAUGGAACAGCAUCAGCGGCCACUUGUUAGGAACACCAUCAUGGAGACUGCAGUGGGCUGCUCGGAGGCUCUGGCUGGAAUUAAAGCCCUUUACGUAUUUAUUUAUUUAUUUUCAGCUUAAUUUGAGGCUACCCACUGGAGUGUGUAGACAACGCUACCAGCUUAAGCAGAGAGGAGGGCGCUUCUUUAUUGUCAAAGCUUGCUGCAGCUCCAUUACUGUACCAAACAAAUUCCUAGUCAAGUAUCCAAAGCCACCACCUUUCCCACUUUUUGCAAACACUACCAUUAUUAGCAGUGAGGCAGAGUUUUUUUAUUUGGGCAUCAUUUCAAGAAAUGUGCAGUUGUUGAAGGAAAAUCCUGUUUGUUAAAUGGUGGUUAUGAAACUGUCUUUUAUUUGGGUCCAUUUUGUUUUUGGUGGUGUUAUUUUCAGUAUUUUUAUUAAUAGUUGCAAAAGUUAGAAGAUGCUACAUCACAUUAUUGAUUGUUGGACAAAAUGCCAACAGAAUCAAAAGCAUUUAACUAUUUCUAGAUUUGUUAUGACGAUCUAUAGUUGUUCGUCGUAGAAUAUACCAACUGUACAUCCUCCAGGAAUCCCCAAUGACUUGGGACAUAUGAAAAUAGUAUGCUUUAAAAGUUAUAAGAAAAUGCAAAAAUUUAAAUUGUGAUUAACUACAUAAGUGUAAUAACUGGACACAAGAUCUUCCUGUCCAUUCCGAGUUUGUGUACCCUCCUGGCUUCAAGUUUCAACAUCAUAGUUUUGUAAUUUUACUUUGCAUCAGGAUUGGCUUGCAAACUUAUCGUUAUGCCUGUACAUACAAACCAUGUGCUAAAGUGAGAUUUAAGAAGAGCACAAAAAAAACCUUCCGGUUAAACCCUGCACAGUGGAUAAUAAAGCAACAAUAGGUCAAUCUGGAGGGGAACUUUAAAUAAAAUUGAAAUUGGUAAGGCAGGCCAAGGAGAAUAUUGGUAGUACAAAAAGGAAAAUAACACCACUUAAUGACAAAAUGGCUUCAGGAGUGAAAUUGAAUAUAUUGUGUAAAGACAGUAAGCAGUAUUUGUAUGGACUAGCUUAAGAUCAUGUACCAUGGGGAGUCCUUUUGGGAUAUGGUUUACCAGGGUUGUUGCCUUCGAGCAAUAUAAGUAGAGCUGUGUCCCAACUAUUGGCAGGAAGUCACGCAUGCUUUCAUUGGUUUGUUUAGUCACGGUUCUCCCUUGUCACUAUUGUUUUGUGAGUUUUAUGGAUUUGAGGACCUCAGAAUUCCUUCUCUGUUAUUUGCAGUAGAUGUAGUUGUGUUGUGUAUUAUGUUUUGUUGGCCUCAUCAGACUGCAGCCUUCAGCACAGCCUCGGGCAGUUUGUAUUUGGGUUGAGAGCCAAAAGCCAUAGUCGGACAAAUCUUUAUUUCUCCCACUGUGUUGGGUGUGAGUUACUGCUUUAAGAGAAGGAGUACCUUCCUGUCAUCAAGUUAUUUUUGCUUAGGAAGGUUGCUAACUAAUUGUAAUGACCUGGAAGUAUUUACCUCGAAGCCUUGAUAAGAGCUGGUUGAGUUAUCUAAAUGCUAAGGGAAGGUCCUUUGUUGCUUCUGCUCUUAAGUCCUUUAGCAUAGGGUACAUUGGACCGACCUUUACCAAAGAAAAAGAGAAUAUACCGUUCCACACUUUUAUAAGACAUGAGAUA